AUGGUGAUGGUGAUGGUGAUGGUUGGUGCAAUCUAUGGUGGUGGUGAGGAGGUGACCUUGGUUGUUUGUGGAGAUGGUGGUGGUUAUGGUUCGUUGAAAGUGGCAGUGGGCCCGGCAACGUGCGGCGCGAAGCAGCUGGAGGCGUUGGCUGUAGGCGGAAUGAACGUGGCUCGGAUCAAUAUGUGCCAUGGCACGCGCGAGUGGCAUCGAGAAGUGAUACAGCGGGUCAGGAACUUGAAUGAGGAGAAGGGUUAUGCGGUGGCAGUUAUGAUGGACACAGAGGGGAGUGAAAUUCACAUGGGGGAUCUGGGUGGCGCCUCCUCUGCCAAAGCCGAGGAUGGUGAAAUAUGGACUUUUAGUGUUCGAGCUUUUGAUUCACCUCUACCUGAACGCACUAUUAAUGUGAAUUAUGGUGGCUUUGCUGAGGAUGUGGAAGUGGGUGAUGAACUUCUAGUAGAUGGUGGAAUGGUGAGGUUUGAGGUGGUUGAGAAAAUUGGUCCAGAUGUCAAGUGUCGCUGUACAGAUCCUGGACUUAUGUUACCUCGAGCUAAUCUUACCUUUUGGCGUGAUGGGAGCUUAGUACGGGAACGCAAUGCAAUGCUCCCUACUAUUUCCUCUAAGGAUUGGUUGGACAUCGAUUUCGGGAUUGCUGAGGGUGUUGAAUUUAUUGCUAUAUCAUUUGUCAAGUCUGCUGAAGUAAUAAAGCAUCUUAAGAGCUAUAUUAAAGCACGUGCUCGAGAUGGAGACAUUUCUGUGAUUGCAAAGAUAGAAAGUAUUGACUCAUUGAAGAACUUGGAGGAGAUCAUUCAAGCAUCAGAUGGAGCUAUGGUGGCCAGAGGAGAUCUUGGUGCUCAGAUCCCAUUGGAACAGGUUCCAUCGGAACAGCAAAGAAUAGUCCAGUUUUGCAGGCAAUUAAAUAGGCCCGUUAUUGUAGCAUCUCAGUUGCUUGAAUCUAUGAUAGAGUACCCUACCCCUACUAGAGCUGAAGUAGCCGAUGUUUCCGAAGCAGUUCGCCAGCGGGCUGAUGCUUUAAUGCUUUCUGGUGAAUCUGCCAUGGGCCAGUAUCCUGAGAAGGCAUUGACUGUUCUAAGAAGUGUUAGUCUGAGAAUUGAGAAGUGGUGGAGAGAGGAGAAACGCCAUGAACCUAUGGAACUCCCAUGCAUAGCUGCUUCUUUUGCGGACAGUAUUUCUGAAGAGAUAUGCAACUCUGCUGCUAAAAUGGCCAACAAUUUGGAGGUGGAUGCUAUUUUCGUUUACACAAAGGCAGGUCACAUGGCGUCUCUUCUAUCACGCUGUCGACCUGACUGCCCCAUUUUCGCAUUCACUACCACUACGUCUGUGCGCAGACGUCUGAACCUGCAGUGGGGUCUCAUUCCAUUCCGUUUGAGCUUUUCUGAUGAUAUGGAAAGCAACCUCAACAAGACUUUCUCUUUGCUCAAAGCCCGGGGAAUGAUUAAAUCAGGCGACUUAGUAAUUGCGGUCUCUGACAUGCUGCAAUCUAUUCAAGUCAUGAAUGUUCCAUGAAUGGCAUAUUUUUAGAACUCUUUCCGCGCGUUACCGUGUCGCUUAUCCUUAGAGCAUCUCCUUGUAAUAUGUAGCAUCCAGGUCGAGAUGUAUUUUUCAUUUUUCUAAUCAAACUCUGUGUGUUGUAUUACAUAUUUAAUUAUUCCGUCGAAUUGGCAAAUUUUGUAAGCAACUAUCGAUGUGUGAAUUUAUUUUUUUUAUUUCCUUUUUUCGGGCUAAUC